AUGCGCGGAGGAGGAGGUGGGGGAGGAGGAGGAAGAGGCUGUGGCGCGGCUCUGGCGGCCCCGUCAGCGGGGAGCCCUUGGCCCGGGAGCCCCGACAUGACCUCUGCCCAGGAUUCCGGGUCGCCGCCUGCCGCCUCCAAUAAGCCGCUGACGCCCUUCAGCAUUGCUGACAUCCUGGGUCCACCAGCCCGCCCGACCCCAGCCCCCGUGCCCGCCCAGGACCCUACUUCACCUCUCUGCGCAUUAGAAGAGUUGGCCAGUAAGACCUUCCGCAGGCUCGACGGCAGUGUCUUGCAGGCGGCCGAAGGUCGGGUGGCACUGAGUCCGCUGAGCUCCAGGCCUGUGACCCGCAGGCGUCGGAAGUCGCGUACUGCGUUCACCGCGCAGCAGGUGCUGGAGCUGGAGAGGCGCUUCGUCUUCCAGAAGUACCUGGCUCCAGCCGAGAGGGACGGACUGGCAGCUCGGCUGGGCCUGGCCAAUGCCCAAGUCAUUACCUGGUUCCAAAACCGCCGCGCCAAGCUCAAGAGGGACGUGGAGGAGAUGAAGGCGGACGUGGCCUCCUUGCGUUCCCUGCCGCCAGCAGCUCUCCGGCGGCUGAGUCUCUCUCUUCCAGAAUCAGGCUCCAAUCCUUCCACCGUCCCGGAACCCAGCCCUGCCCCUGGACCGGAGCUCUCGGACGAGGAAAUCCAGGUGGACGAUUGAAGAGAAGUCUGGCCCUGGCUCCCAGGGCCCGCGGACUAGCCUUAUGUCAGACUCUAUUGCGACCCAGCUUUACCCACUGGGCCGGCUCAGAGGAUCCAGGUCCCCGACCCAGUUUUUUGACUUAUGCCCACACCGUUCUCCUUCGAUUCACUGUCCCUCCACCCCAGCCUCCAUACUAGCCAACCUCCCGGUCUCUGGGGGUUUUCCGCCCCGGACUAACUGGAUCACUCGACCCCUCCCCCAUUUAUUCCUAUUGUGGUGUUUGUUGGGGGCGGGGGGGGGGUCAACUCUGCGUGGUUCAUCCUGGCACUCCACACCGUCCCUGGCUCUCUAUCGCUACACAAAACCCCACCUUUUCCAGUCCCAGGGCCUUACUUAGGAGUCCCAGACACAUCUAUGGAGCUAGUUUGCUUACUCCCCACUCAUGCGCUUCUGCGACGUCCCGAGUUUCUCACUUUUUGGGAAAACCCAGGAGUCUCAGAUAGUGUUCCUCCUUAUCCCAACCGCCUCCCCUGCUCGGCAUUGUCUAUUCACCCAUGUUUUCUCUAACUUUGUCCCAGACAGACUCUAUACCGCCCAGUCUCCCCAAUCCCCCACUCUUCUAGGCUGAGGGAUCCCUCUGGCGCCAGGCGCCGCCUCUCCCACCCACUUCCUCCUUCGGAACCCUAGUGCCCUCUGGCCCUUAUAGACUUCACCUCUCCUGUCCCCUCCCUUCCUCCGCACAUUUCGUUUUCUGUAGUUCUGUUCUAAUCAGAUCUAUAUCCCUGCCUCUGGCCGGAGGCUUCUCCCAGCAAUGGCUGUUGCUCAGCGCAUGGACAGUGAGCUGGGUCAACCAGGUCUUCUCUGCCUACUAUUGCUAUCCGGCGGUUUGUAGCCCCUUUCCCACCUCCACCAACCCCAUCCCUGGCCCUUCAGUCUGUGUGAAUAAAGAGGAUCCGACGGGGUAUUUCGCUUUUUACCUACUGCGAGCGGAGAGGGUGGGAGCAGUCCCCCGAGGCUGGGAGCUUGUGUGCCUUGGGCAAGCUCUGGGUACUGACUGACUGACUGCAGAGCUGAAAUGGGGGAAGGGUCCGUACCCCAUUUCCCCCCCCCCCAGCUUUUUGUGAUGUAGAGCUGACCCCCCCCCCCAAAAAAAACCCUGCUCUCCUCCC